GCCAGGCAAAGAGUCAUACCAUUCGAACCGACGUUGGAUCCCCGUAUUCGCUUUCCGACGGACAUUGAAAGGCUGAAUACCCCAGAUGUCCUUCCAUUGACAUUCACACUUCAUCUUUUCUAUCAACUCGUUGCUGAGAGGGCCAUUGGUGUCCAGCCCAACAAAAUGGAGUACUUCAAUUUCGAGGAUGCGUCCCACAUCAUUCCAAACCUAGAACUCGACGAAUGCUCUUCUUUGAUGGGCGAAACUACCCAAGAUGAUGCCAAUGACUGCUACGACUCGCUAUUCUUCGAAAAGUCGUUCAAUCUCGUACCCAGCAGACCUGCGGAACCAAGCACUGUUAUGAUCAAACUAAUCAACAAUGUCGAAGUCGAGGCCAUUCCACAUACGUCUGAUCUCGGCAUGGACUACCCCAUGUUUCGUGCCAAAGAACCAUGUGAGCUCUGCGCGAGGAUGGGCUUGGAUUGCUUCUUGGCUACACGAGGGGCAUUAGUCACAGGAUGCACCUGCUGCAUCUCCCUGUACCGAGAAUGCAGUUUCGUUCAUUCUAAGAUCCCCAAGGGAUUUGUCAGUACUUUCCCUGGCAUCUCAGAAGAUCAACAAGUAUGCGAAGGGACAAUGACGGAACGGCGAAGAGCGAUGAGAUCAAUGGAAGAAGGACGCGGCCGAAAGACUGGUGCUCGCUUCCCAAGAGACGCUGUCAAGAUUCUGAAGCAAUGGCUAGCGGAACAUGCUGAUCAUCCAUACCCUAAUGAACGAGAAAAGGAUGAACUCAAGCAAAUCACCGGUCUCAAAAGGAGCCAAAUCUCGAACUGGCUCGCCAACGCACGGAGACGAGGCAAAGUCCGACCUGCUUCGGGACCAUCCUCACCUAUGCUCGGUGCGAUUGAUAUCCCUCAGCGACAGGAAAAUCCAGAUAUUGCAAACCUGAACCCGCUAGACAGAUGGAAAGCUUCGCCCCCGGAACACGAACCUGCUUCGAUGACUGCCAUCGCCCAAGCCGUUACUGCCACACCUCUUCCCGUUCGCAACCAAUCCUAUUCCAGUGCACAUGGCUCUCGAGCUGGGUCUAGGACCAGCUCGAGAAAAGCCUCGAGUGAGGAAGAUUCUUCUUUCUCGAUGUUCCGUGCACCAUCAGUCAGCAGUUUUGGCACCAAAGAAUCAACCAACAGCGACAUGACCUUCGCAUCUUCGAGGUCGAACCGAUCAAAAGGAUCAUUUGCUUCGUCGCAAGAUAGACGCAGGCGCAGGAGGGCUCCAGUAACACAACGGACCGUCGCGCAACAGGCCAAAUCUCGGAGUGCAAGGAUUUUCCAAUGCACCUUUUGUACGGAUUCUUUCCCUGCCAAAUAUGACUGGCAAAGGCACGAGAAGUCACUGCAUCUGGCUUUGGAGCGGUGGUCAUGCUGUCCCACUGGCGGAACCAUGAUCGAUGCUCUGACACAGACGGAAAUGUGUGUCUUUUGCCGGGAACCAAACCCAACUGCAGAACAUUUGGAGUUGCACAACUUCACGGCUUGCCAGGAAAAGACGAUGCAAGAACGUACCUUCUAUCGCAAGGACCACUUGAGCCAGCACCUCAAGCUGAUGCACAAUGCAAAAGUGCAGUCUCACAUGGACUCGUGGAAGAGCACUACCAACGAGAUCAAAUCAUCCUGUGGCUUCUGCCCGUCCAAGUUCACGGCCUGGCAACAGCGUGCUGACCAUCUUGCCGCACACUUCCGCAAUGGGGCGGACAUGAGCAUGUGGGCCAACGGUUGGGGCUUCGAGCCAUAUGUCGAAAGACUGGUCGAGAAUGCCAUUCCACCCUACCUCAUCGCGCAUGAGCGGAUGACCAUGGAUCCUUAUGUUGCUCGAGCAGCCCAGACGACGCCAUCGGCCGGUACAGAUGCUGGUCUGACGACCGGCACUUCCGCCGAGAGUGCAGAACCUGACCAAAUGACCAAGGACUCCAACUGCUGGGGCAGACUGGAGCAGGAACUGACCAAGUUCGUCUCCCAGCAGAAAUCGGCAGGCAGGAUGCCCACGGACAAGGACAUCCAAGACCAGGCGCGCAUGAUCAUAUAUGAGGACAACGACCCGUGGAAUUGGACCUGCGCGGAUAAUCAGCAAUGGCUGGAUACGUUCAAGUACCAGCAAGGUAUCAGUGGGCUUACCGACGCCAUGGUGACCCAGAAUCUGGCCGAAGUACCGAUCAUGGCGCCAUAUGUGAUCAAAGGCGGCUUGAAGCUCAAGACACCAGCGCCCACCAGGAAGAGUAUGUCCACUGAUUCCACCUCUUGUCCAGCCAUGACUGCAGAUUAUGGCAGCAUGCCCAACUCCGCCACAGCUGCCACAUUCGAUCAGAACAUGGAGUUCGACUUCGACAGCAUUGACUUCAGCGGUCUUGACCUGGGCAUGGUGGACGAUAUGAACUUCGAGAUGGGUCUGGACAGUCAGGCGGGCAGCAUGCCUGCAACGGCUGCGACCACGAUGCCUUUCUCCUCGAGCAUCCCCGGUGAGUCCUUAUACGGCUCUUUCGGCGUGAGUCCGAUGAUGGAUAUGGGAUUGAACAAUAUGAACUCAGCUGCGCCGGUGCAGCAGAAGCAGCCCCAGAACAACUUCAUGAACGAGCAGGAUAUCAAUCAGUUGACUGGAUAUAUGGCCGGCUUGAAUUGAGACAAAGCAAAGAACAUACGCAUGAAGACCAAAAGAAUGACUAUAUGGCAUGUAUGCUGACGAUUGAGGAGUUGGCCUGCUGGUAUGCUUACCCUCAUAUAUAUACACCCACAAAAAGGCGUACUCACGCAAGAGAUCUUACGAUGGUCGGGCACAGGGCGUGGGCUUCUGGGGCGGCGUCAGUAUUACAGGCUUACGAUUAGAAAAAUACAAAUUUAGUACCGAGACCACGAAUCAAUUGCUCUCUGUGUCGACGGCGGUGCUGUACUAUUCGUUUUUCAUCCCCCUCAGAGCCAGUCUCG